CACUGGGACAAUAGUGAGUGGUGCACACUUCCUUCGCCCGGCCACAGAAGACAAAAAAGAGUUGCUGGUGUAACAAUAGGAAGAAUAUAUUCCACUCCUCUCUUGUACACGCGGCUUAUGAGAUGAACGCUCGUCAAGAAGAACGUCCCCUUCAGCAGCAGGAGGAUCCACAGCCCCCCCACAUUAAAGAGGAAGAGGAGGAAGUGUGGAUGAGUCAGGAGGGAGAGUGUCCUGUAGGGCAGGAGGAGGCUGAUGUCAGCAAGUUUCCACUGACUGUUGUCUCUGUGAAGACUGAAGAGCAUGAAGACAAACCACCUGAGUCCUCACAGCUUCAUCACAGUCCAAACGUCUGUGGAGAACAACGUCUGCCUGAAAAAAAGGAGUAUAGCUUCAGGAUGGUGAAGGAGGAUCCUUCACAGACCCUUCCCUGUAAAAAGGAAGAGGAAGACUCACUGAUGCCCCACAUUAAAGAGGAAGAGGAGGAACACAGCAUCAGUCAGGUGGGAGAUCAUCUUGAAGGACUGGUGGAGUUCCCAGUGACUGGUGUCCCUGUGAAGAGUGAAGAUGAUGAGGUGAAAGGUGAAAGUGAGGAGAGGGGAGGGGGGGAGCCUCCAAGCAGCAGCUCAACACAACACAUGACAACAGAAGCUGAUGGAGACCACUGUGGAGGAUCACAAGCAGACAAGCUCUUAGCUCCACUAUCAGAUAGUGAGGACACAACGUCACACUCUCCUGACACUGAUGAUGAAGACUCUAAAGAUGAUAAGACAUGUCACACUGACAACACUCACUUCACAUCUUCUCACUGUCACAAAACUUUUAAAUACCAUUGUCAUCUGAAAAGACACAUGAGAACGCACACUGGAGAAAAACCUUUUUCUUGCUCAGUAUGUGGUAAAGGUUUUGCACAAAGUCACCAUUUGAAAGUACACAUGAGAACACACACUGGUGAAAAAACAUUUUCUUGUUCAAUCUGUGGUAAAAGUUUUGCACAAAGUCAGGAUUUGAAAAGACACAUGAGAACACACACUGGAGAAAAACCAUUUUCUUGUUCAAUCUGUGGUAAAGGUUUUACAGAAAGUAAUAAUUUGAAAAGACACAAGAGAACACACACUGGAGAAAAACAUUUUUCCUGUUUAACCUGUGGCAAAGGUUUUAGAGAAAGUCAACAUUUGAAAGUACACAUGAGAACACACACUGGCGAAAAACCUUUUUUCCUGUUCAAUCUGUAGUAAAGGUUUUGUACAAAGUAACAGUUUCAAAGUACACAUGAGAACACACACUGGUGAAAAAUCGCAUUCUUGUUCAAUCUGCAACAAAAGCUUUUGUGACCGAUCAAACCUUUUAGCACACAUGAGAAGACACCCAGGAGAGAAAGUGUUGAGUUGCAGUGUGUGUGGUGAAAGAUUGUCUUCUAAGUACCAGUGUAAGAAACACAAGUGUGCUGGUGAGAACAGCAGCAGCAAAUGAAACUGCAGGAUUUGAAAUAAACCGUCAAGACUUUCAUUUUGACUUUCUAACAGGAUAGGAUAAGAUAGGAUAGGAUAGGAAAGGAUAUGUCUUUAUUGUCAUUGCACAAGUACAACUAAACGUUGUUUUCAGCACAAACCUGCUCAAGAUUAGACAAACAAACAGUGUACAGGGUUACAGAACAAGAACGUUGAUGGGUCGCCAUUAGGCGCCCCUUAAAAGAUGGGAAAAAGGUUAACGCUGGGGAAGGAUGAGUAAAAAAAUACAAUCCAGACUGGGCUCCUAAGGGGGCCCAGUCUGGAGUGGAAAAAAACCUCCAUAGCAAAGCACAUAUACAUAUCACAACAAACAUCUCGAGAUAUCUAGCAACAGAGAGUAGGUAGUUCAAGGUCAUGGUGGUAGGCCGCAGCUCUCAGGCGCUGACCAUCCAUUCAUCACCGUUGCGUCGAUGGCGUUGGGUUGGGGGGUGUGGGGGGUAUGUGUGGCGUAUAUUUUUUUGUGGAUGUAUGUGUGUGUGUGUGUGUGUGUAAGCCCGCAGUGUGUCUUUGUUCCGCGGCCUUGAUGAUUUGUACUGUCUUGUCCAAAGUCCACAACAACAGGUGUGUGUCCAUGAGAGACAAAAAGGGAGUUUGUUGUGUGUUCGCUGCGCUGUCCUUUGGGAGAAUCUCGAAACCAAGGAAACAAUCCAAGUUAGAAUGAUUUGUAUGCGAGUGAAAAUAAAAUUUGAUUUUCACUCUAAA